AUGUACGGGCAGAUGGACGGGUCCGCUCUCUUCUCCGGCGGCGGGUUCAUGCCAUCGCAGGCUACACAGGUCCCCGAUUCCGGCGUAUCUCCUGCGAAGGUAAGGGAACCGCCAUCUUCCAUCUCUCUCUAUCUCUCUCUGAGUUCACCUUCUCCAUCCACCCCUUCACCUCUUGAUUUUUCUUCUGGUUCGCUCGUGUUGUUCCCCUCGCAGAAUCGCGGCUCGCAAGGUGUUAUCCCGCUGACGGUGAAGCAGAUCAGCGAAGCCUUUCACCUCAGCGAUGAUAAGUCCAACUUCGUCGUUGACGGAGUCGAAGUCUCCAAUGUAAAGUUUCAUCGGGAGCUUAUUUUUUCCCUUCUCUCUCAUAUCUGGGGUAGGGUAAGGAGGACUGUAAACUUCGAUUUGUCGAGCCAUCAUGCGUGAUUUAUUCGAUGCCUUCGCGAUAGGUGACGCUUGUCGGGCUGGUGACGAGCAAGGUGGAGAGGGUCACGGAUGUUUCCUUCACGCUCGAUGAUGGCACGGGCCGGAUUGACAUCAACAGAUGGUGGAAUUAUUUCUUAAAAAACACCUGUUGACUGAAGUGGCCUCACCUUCUUUAUGUUUUAUGAUUGUCUAAUGGUUUUCGUCAUCCAUUUCCUUAUGCAGGGUGAACGAAAGCUCUGACGCAAAUGAGAUGGCAAAGAUUUUGUAAGUGUCGCUGGACGAAACUCCUGACGGCAGAGGCGGUUCUCAUUUUGCCUCUGUUUUUUGUCAUAAGCCGUAUUACUUACUGUAUAUAAGGGAAAAUUUUAUUAUUGACAAUCGUCGUUUGGUGACGAAUAUUUAUGUUAGGAAUGGGAUGUAUGUCAAGGUCAAUGGCCAGUUAAAGGGUUUUCAUGGCAAAAAGCACGCGGUUGCCUUCUCUAUCAGGUACUUAUGUACAUACUAUCUAUCUUUCAAGAAAACAUACGAGAUAACUUGUUGCAAGAUGAAUGUAAGCCUGUGUUCAUCAUACUAUCUUUUGAGGUUUACACCUUUUAUAGUUUUUCCCGUUCGCAUUACUUAUGCGUGUUCUUCUCAGCUUAAAUGGAUACUAUGCAACCGUGAUGCAAAAAGUUGUAAUUUGUCUCUCAUUAGCACCAAAAGUGCAUAUUUUCACCAAAAAUGCAUUAUCUACACCACUGUCAUCAUUUGGUGAAUCUCUGCUUCUCAAAAGUUUAAAUUUCUGAAUGAUAUUAGACCAUGAUAUAAUAGUUAUAUCUAAAAAUGAUUUCGAGGUUCACAUCUGGGGCUUCAAAUGAUAUUUGUGAUGCUGCCUUUUUGGUUAGCUGCAUCAAAAUACGGCCCUUGAGUGAAUUCCCAUUCUGUCGCAUCCUUCCUAGGACACAAUGUCAUCAGAAGUUGCUUGUUGACCGGGUUGUGUCCUUUUUAUUUUCCUAUUCUAAAAUUUGAUACAAGAAGACUUGGAACAAAAUUGGUAUUGCACCUUUGGCCAGAUCUCGCUCUUCUCAGCUUUUAUUUCAUAGGUAUUAAGCGUGUACUACUUCAUUUGUUGGGGUACACACGAACGUGAUCCAAUCUAAAUCCUAUGGCCGAGAUACUUUGGAAACAUUUGUUAAGUGGUAGAAAUUUUUGGCAAUUUCACGUUCAAUGAAUCUAUUUUUUCCCUUUCAUUUUCCCAAGGUAGCAGUUCCUAAUCUUCUUUGACACGAAACAUGGUAUUUGAAAUUAGCCUGAGCAAACUUUUAUAGGAUUGAUUUCAAACAUCACAUAUUACGAGUCAUUGAUUUUGUCUAAUUGGCCAAAGAAAAAUAGCACUCCAAACUGAGAUAGAUCUCACUAUUCUAACUGCAUCACAGAGUAAGGUUAAACGUGGCAAAAUUGGAUAAGUUCACAUAUUAACUUGCAUGUAAAUUAUAUUUCAAGGCUUUUUCAGUAAUCAUUUAUUCAUUGCAAGUCUGAGGUUGGCGAUCACUUGCCAAGCUGAUGCUUUAUCCAUUCUUUUUUUUUAAUCAGGCAGGUUUGACUUUUAGCCAUUUUUAGCUUUCCUAACCACGGGAUUCGGCAAAAUUAAUCGUGGAAAGUAAAAUAAUUUGGACUGGAUGUAUUUUUCUGGUGGGAUUGUAGGCAUUGAUAGAACGCCCUUGAAUACAAAUAAAUCGCUGUUGCAGCAGUAUUCACCAACAAGCAGUUGACUUACGCCUACAGCAGCCACUCCUGAUCUAUAUAACUUUGUACAGUGAUCAUAAUCCUUUCAGAGACUCAGACACCUGGAUGCCGCCCUCCUCGUCCCUCCUAACACCACAUCGUAUAACCUGAUAUGCCUAGGCUGACACGCCUCACCUCCUUCUCCAGGCCCAUAACCGACUUCAACGACAUCACGCUUCACUUCCUCGAGUGCAUCUACGUUCAUCUCCAUAACUCUGGCUCCAAGGUACAUUACCCUACUCGACGACCCACACAUUUUCCCAGAUAUUACCUGAUUUGUCCCCCUGCAGGCUAGGGAAGCCGCGGACCGGCCGCCUUCUGUCGCAGGCGGCGUCCCAUACCAGGCCCCGGUUUCCAACCAGGUGAGGAUCCGCGCACGUGGCUCCAGCGUCAGAAUCUCUCGUGUUUCUCACAUACUUUCUGCCUUCUGUUCUCAGUUCUCUGCGUAUUCCAGCAGCAAAGGAUCUGACGACGUACUGAACGUGGUUCUAGAGUUCUUCAACGACCCAGCAAACCUGUGAGCUUGAUUUCUACACUUUUAACCCUUGAGAGUUGCAUAAUUUUCUUUUUGUCCCGUUGACCUGAGAUUAAUCCCAAGUCCCCUCAAUCAGUCAAUCAGUCAAAUCAAUCAAAUCGUAUGCAGUGUUUCAUCCAUUUUUGCCACUGUUGACCAGUACCCCCCUCCCCCCCAGGAACUGUGGCCCUGUCAAAUCAUUCAUUCCCGGCCUUGGUUAAUGACCUUCUCAUCGACCCGCUGCUGUUUUUGUUCCAGUAAAAACGAGCAUGGAUUGCACGUGGACGAAGUCGUACGGCGCUUGGGUCUGCCACCUAAUAAGAUCAAGUGAUCUCUCUCUCUCUCUCUCUCUCUCUCUCUCUCUCUCUAUCUUUCUCUCGAGUCUUACCGAAUCAUCCUGUUAUUUUACAGGGAUGCGAUCAAUUACCACGUAGAUGUGGGUCACAUCUACUCCACGAUUGACGACAACCACUUCAAGUCGGCGAUGAACGGCUAG